ACGCCUAACAGUUUCUCUGGUGGACGAUGUAUGAUAGUGAUGAGAGUGUGCCAGAUCAUAUUUGUUUAACCCCAAAUCAGAAAAGAAAGAGAAGAACCUAGCAGACAAUAUAUACAAGGAAUGCAAAUUUGGAUGCGCGUUAGGGACCUCGUCAUUUAAUCUUUCGGGGAGAGGGAGAGGGAGAGGGAGAGGAGAGAGAAAGAAGGGGGCUCGAUUGACGCGAGGACGGAGAGCAGGAAGAAGCAAAAUGCUUCUGGAGCUUGAGUGAUGCCAUCUGAUAGCAAAAAUGCUUCUGCGAGAAAUGGAUGGUGAUCCGUUCCAUACCAUGCCCAACUAUGAUUUCCUGUCUGGGAAUGGUUAUUCAAUGAAGCAGUUAAAUUGUAGCAACUCUGACAGAGAUUCUUCAUCAACAAAAUCUGAGCAGUCUCGCCAAGACUUAUCUGCAGUGAGUGACGGCAGCCUCAAUGGACAACACACACCAACACAAUCCGGUUUGUUCUCCCCCUCAGAAAACAAUGAUAGUUGUGGAAAGCGGGACCAGGGCAUGGUGAAAUCUGUAUUGUCCUUUGGCAACCCAGAAGCUGAUUUUUCCCCUCCAAAGUUUGACUACAGCCAGCCUUUUGCUUGUGCUUCUUAUACAGCUGAUCCAUAUUAUGGUGGGGUCCUGACAGGAUACAGUUCAAAUUCCAUUGUUCGUCCUCAAAUUAAUGGUGCAACAAACUCCAGGGUACCAUUGCCUAUUGAACCUGCAGCAGAAGAGCCCAUAUUUGUCAAUGCAAAGCAAUACCAUGCUAUCCUCAGGAGGCGGCAAAUGCGUGCAAAAUUGGAGGCUCAAAAUAAACUGGUGAAAGGUCGGAAGCCAUAUCUUCAUGAAUCUCGACAUUGUCAUGCAAUGAAGCGAGUCCGUGGACCAGGAGGUCGCUUCCUUAACAAAAAGGAGCUCCAGGAGCAGCAGCAGCGGGAGAAGGCUCCGCCUUCACUUCACACUCCAACAGGUGGGGUGGGCAAAAUGGCCUUCGGCAGGAAUCUAUGCCCUGAAAACAGCACAUCUCACUCGCCUUCGACAAGCUCUGGGAUCUCAAGUGUUUCAAAUGGGGGUGGCAUGAUGGCUCAUCAAGAGCACAUCAGCUUCUCAUCUCCUAAUUUCCUCCCCAGCAUGAACUUCCGCAAAGAGAACGGCAGUGAAAAGAUGGCUGUCAAUGGCGUCCGCCACCGCACCCCGUCAUGAGGUGAACCGCCUCCAUUGCUUCAGUGGUGGCACCAUCACUGGCACGCUCUGUUGUGCCCGUGGCAAUUCAUCCUUGGCUUAUGAAGUGUCUACUAAUAGUCUGCUUUCAGUUUCAUAUGUAGUAGACCUUGUCUCAGAUCAACUCAUUUGUAUUUGUUGCAACUAAAUUACUGAAGCGCCACUUGUUUAUAUAUUGUGGAUAGAGAAAUAUCCCCAUGUAAUGUAACCUGGUUUGGAAGCACCUUGAUUUUGGCAUCGCCACAA